AAAUACACUUGCCCACUGAACUUUCAUGACAACGUUGUUAUUGCAGUUCACUGCACUUACGAUGAUAAAUCAAACAUGGCUGCCUCGGCAAAUUUUGGAAGAUAUGUAUGUCAACUAAAACGGCUGACUUUUAACUAUUGUUCUUUGGGUGGAAGUAGCAAAAUGAUGAGGACAUUCGUGAAGGAGAGAGUUGAAAUAAUAUCAAAGUCGUACCCAAAUAUCGCAGUAUACGUGACUGAGCGUCCCAACCGACAUCCUCGUAUUGUUGCGAAUUUUCUCAAUGAUAGCAGCAUGGUGAUUCCAUUAAAAAACGAUAGCGUUGAGCAGAUUGACGCUUGGGUGCACAGACUGCGAAGUUCAUCUGGAAAAAAACGACAGGAUAAAUACCGAUGGCAGACACUAAAUCCGUCUACUCAAGGAACUUGGUCACCUUAUGUUAAUAAGAAUGCUGUUAAUUGAUUAAUGCAUACUUGAAAAGCAAGAAACAGAUUUGAAAUUUAAGAGUUUUCUUCUUCAUUUAUAAAUUAAUAGAUUGUAUUAUUCCUAUUGAAGCAAUAGUUAUAGAUGUGACAAAAUCAAA